AUGUACCGUCCGAUUGUUACGUGUUCCUUGCUUUUUACCCUCAUCGCGACCACGUGCCCGAAAAGCAUCAAGAUUGGAACCGAUGAAGACGUCGAGAGCCUUGGCACCGACAGGACCGUCGCUGCUUCCUCCGAUCCCCCGUCCUUUCACGAUGAAUGCGAACCCGAGUCGAAAGCCAAUGCUAAAAGGAGUUUGCUAGUCCUGGUGCCAACGACCGCGGAGGAAGAGGAUGCAGAAGUGAAAAGUCAAAAAAUGAAACGAUGCAGGGCGUCGUUUCAGUCGGAGACAGUUGGCGCGCCAAAAGCCAUUGAAAAAGAUCAAACCACGUUGAACUCGAAGAAUGCAGGAACCCUUGGUAAUAGCGAAAGACAUGCUGAAUAUUUCGUCGGUCGAAAGCCGAACAUACAACUGGUUUCCUUAAAAAAGCCUGGGACAAAACACAAACUAGUUGCAAAAACCAUGGAAGAAGCAAAGAAUGCAACUUUCCUCGACGAAGAUCUAAUAAACUCGCUUCGAAGGCAAUUGGCAUCCCAUGAUCCUACCGUUGGCGCAGUUCAUGAAAACUUAACAAAGGCAAAUGUAUACGAGGAUGGUAAAUUCGUUUGCUAUUGUAGGGAAAAGAUGGAUUCCUCUUCUAAAGCAGACACGAGUGGAGAUAUGGUCUCGAAGCCGCAGCCAUCGGUGAAGAAAAAUAAGAUAAAGAAGAAACCUGAUAAUAAGCAGAUAUCAGUAGAUAACAAGCAACGUUCAAAGCCAGUCCACGGGAAGCAAAUUCACUAUGCGCCUAGGUAUAUCCCUAACAACGUGCAUCCUAUUUUCUCGCAAAAUGAGCAUGGAAGCAUACCAUACGUUCCAUACGUCUAUCACGUAGAUCCUCGAGCAUCGGAAAACACGGGUCACCAAGCGAUUCCGACAAAUAUUAAUUACCCAUUUAAUUCGGCUGCUAGGAAAACCGAUUCCAUCGUUGGGCAACGAAUGCCGAUUAGCCAACAACGCGAUUUAAAUAAAAAUCAACAAACUGUUGGGCAAGCUGCGAGUCCUCGAAAUAUAAUUGGCAAUAGUCUGUCGCAAUCUUCUGAAAAUACGAUUCCCGCAACAACUUUCAAAACAUCCGUGCAAGAAGAUACUUCAACUGGCAACGAAAGAGAUUCCAAUUUGCAAUCGGUGCAUUCCUCUGAUAAAAAUCACUUGCCAUCGUUGGAAGGUACCGAAACCCCCGCGGAAAUUUCUGACGGGCAAGCUGCUAAUCCAAACACGAAUGCCAGAUCAUCCACGGGCUUCGGAAACGAGUACGCGAACGAAUACGAAACAACGGGCAGCGGGACCGUGGAUUACUCCGAUAUCAAGGAAGUUACGACCGCAUAUUUCACGUCGAAAGCUUAUGACAACGAAACUGGACACGAUGAAUCAACCGGUUACAGUGAUUUCUUUAUAAGCAGCACGGGUUCUAUGAAUACUGAUUCGAAAGAGGAUCGCAAUUAUAACGUCAACAUGCAGAGUCGACAGAACGUUCCCACGGGAAGUCCAAUGCCAUCGGAACGUCCAAUGGAAAUUGGAACGAACAUGGAAGCAAAAGAGUUAGAAAAUGAAAGGGGUCCCGAUGAAAUGAAUAACGGCGAAGAGAGCGUUGUAUUGGGAAGAAAUAAUCCGAAUUGGAGUAAAGAGGAAUCAAUGAACGAGGACCAGGGUUCGAACCAGGACCUAGAAUCCAACGCGGAGAGUACGCAGGAAAACUUUGGCUCCAAGGAAUCUUCGACCAAAGAGGAAGCAACUACGUCGAUUUCCGAAGACUCUGUGUCUUCGGACGACGGUGAUAUAUCUGAAAAGUUCAAUAAUAAAGACACUCGAUCGAACGAGAAAUUUUCUGCAGAAGAUUAUACGACUAAAUUGCCGGAAACGGAGAAUAAUGCUGGUCCAUUAAGGAACGAUUACGGAAGAAAAAAUUUCGUAUCUGAUAAGGCGGAAGAAAAAAUGGACGGUGAUGAGAAUUUCAUAAAUAAGGACAAUGAGAGAGUCGGUGCAGAGCACGUAACGACGAUUCGGAACGAAAACGAGGACGGUUCUCCUUCCGUCGAGUCGACGCUGAAAUCAUCCAGAAUCGACGACGCUGAAGGGGUAAAGGACCCAUCGAACCAGGCGUUGCCUUUCUGCGACAACAGGCUGCUGCAGAAAUCGAUAAAAGCAGUAAUUAAUAACUUUGCCACUGGUGACUCCUCUGAAAUGGAUGGCAACGUGAACAAGGAAACAGUAGGUUCCACGAAGGGCGAAGAUUUACUACCGGAAAUUGUGCAAGUUCCGAACUUGAAGGGUAUUUUGUCCAUGCCGGCAAUAGAGAACACUGUCCUGGAUAAAGUAAAGGACCUCUUGUCGAGAGCGACCGGAAUGGAUAGAAAAAGCUUGGACAGCGAUUGGGCGUCCAACGUGAUAAGGGACAAUUUACGCAACACGAUAUCAGCUGCACCUAGUUCCAAGACGGAGCUUCCACCGAUGACUGUCGAAGAGCAUCAAUUCAAGAACGGCAAAUGGAUGACGAAUAUGGUCACUUUGGAACCUGUAGGCGAUGAAACACGUCUUCCCACGCAUUUACAACGAUUGCAUACCAACGUUAAAAAUCUUAUACGUGAUCCAGCCAUCAGUUUGCAAGCAGCUAAGAACCCUGCCGUUCAAAACAUGAUUAUCCAAAGUGUUCGAAAUACCUUCAAGUCGGAGAAUGCAACCAACGACGAGACUUUGGACGAUUCGGUUGUCCAGAGUAUUCUAAACAGGGAAUUGAGUAUCGCCGAAAUGGAAAACGAUGGAGUUACAACGGAGAUAGAUGUAAUCGAGUCUACCACUUUUGACGUAUCGAACAUUGAUAUGAACAAGUUUCUGGACAUCGCCAGAAGCGAAGCAGGCCUGAAUGAUAAGGAGGAAAGUAAAUUGUCCAGUUUAGAACCGACUGCGUACGAAAAGAACAAGAAAGACACAUCGCGCGAAGAAGAAACCAUUUCGUCUACCAUGGAACCUUCGGAUAAGGUUAUAGUCGGAGUAACGAUGAAUCCUGAACCCUCUAAGGAGACUACCGUUGAUUCCACUGCGGAGACAACUCAAGACAUCGUACAAUUUUCAGAGCAAAACGAAACGCCAAAUGACAUAAAAGAAUUUAAUACCCAAGAAUUGAAAACAACGACGUGGAACAUGGAAGAAUUCCCCGAAGUAUCAACGUAUAACUCGAUUCCCACUGAAACUUGGCCAAACGAUGCUGCUACCUCAGGAAUUCAAGGAAAAUCUUCAACUAUGGGGAAAGAAGAUUAUGCGCUUCCAGAGCAUAAUUCUGCAACAAUGAAUCCUAUAGAAACUGCUGAUGAUACCGAAAGUACAGAAAGAUUGGUGGGAUUAGAACACGAAAGCACAACUAGCCAGUUAUACACGGAUGAUACCACGCCAGACAUCGCCUAUUUGGGAAAAAUCACCAUGAAAAAUGAGAAUGACACGAGCGAUGUGCAAAGUCUUCAAAAUUCCGAGCUAUUUUACAUCGGUGACGGUGUAAAGCUGCCAUUAGAAAUAAGAAAACUAAACGAUGGUUCUUAUGCUUUAUCGAUUUCUAGGAAGGUCUGUGAACACCUAUUAAACAAGGAGUGCCCCUGUUGCGUGCCCGUGAAAGGUAAUGUUGUUCGUACCGUGAAAAGGAGUCGAGAAGAGAGAAAUGCCGAUGGGACAAUUGGAACGAAGAAGAAUAGAAGAAUUUCCAAACGCGAAUCGGCGAAAUCAAUUCUGCCGAACGAACGAAGGAAAUAUGAUUCAGCUGACGACAGCUUACAGAUUUUCUCGAUGCCCGUGGAAACUUUCGCGAGAAGAUACAAUCUGUCUCUGAACUUGGAGAAAGUGCAAACUCCGUGGAAUUUCGACGGGAAGGGAAAGAUUGAUGAGCGAUCGAGAGAUCGAGGGAAAAAUUUCGAGAAUAAGGAAGAAAACGCUGACACUGAUCUUUAUAAUUUAAUGCCCAAAGAACUUGAGAAAUAUCGGUAUGAACGUAACGUCAAUGAAAACACGAACAAACAAAUAGAAAUAAUAACAAAUGUAUUACACUGGCUAAGAGAUAUAAUUUUAAAUACAAGUACUACGAGAUAA